CUCAGGCAUGCGCAUAAUAAACAGUGCAGAGACUCCAUUGUCAGUCAGACACUUCUAUAUUUACGGAGUGGUUGAUUUCUUCAUCAAUGAAAUCCCUUUGGUUUUGAACUCAGACUACUCCGUCCCUAUCUUGUUUUUCUCAUCUUUCCGUGUUUAAGCUUAAUCUGCUCCACCGAUAAUAGGCCAUGGCGAAGGGGGGAAAGAAGUCCCGAGGUCGUCAGAACCCUCCUCCGGCUUCCACAGCGGUGGCGGCCACCACGAAGAAGAAGGUGAACAGUGUUCCCGCUUCUUCCUCCUCGUCCACUGCUGUUUCGGAAGAUGGACUUUCUGUUGAUGACCUCCUUGGCAAUGCACACAAACUGUUCGACGAAAUGCCCCAACCAGAAAAGCCAAGAUUCGCUGCCCCAUUCCGCAAGAACAGGGUCCCCAGCCUUGGGUUUAAGCUGUUCAAGGUAGAUGGGGUUUCUCCUGGCGAUAAAGUUUGGAUUCCAGAGGAAUGCAUAAGACCCAUUGAGGAAUUAUGGGGUUUUGUCCUCGUGGGCCUCUUUGUUGGGAAGUUUCCUGGUUUGAAGGCAGUGAGCAAUCUCAAGAAAACAUGGGGCAUGCCCUGUGAGAUGUUGCCGCUCCGCAAGGAGACGGGUUUGGUCAUUUUUAGGUUCAAAUCCAGAGCUGACCGGAGCCAUGCCCUUGCGAACCGGCAUCACAAGGCCUGUGGGAAGAAACUGCUUCUUCGAAUCCCCGGGGAGGAUUUUAUGUUCAAUUCUGAACCUUUCACCCAAAUACCCGUUUGGAUAAAGUUGUUGGAUGUCCCUGUUGAGUUGCGGUCCACGGAGGGGUUGGCUUCUCUAGCUACCAAAGUGGGUGAACUGAUUUGUAGUGAUGGUGUUGCUAUGGAAACCGGUGUUUGCCGUGUGAUGGUGGAUUUGGACCUCUCUAAGAAGCCUAUCAUGUCCUUCCCUGUUCGCUUUGAUGGGAAGUCUUACACUCAAGGGGUGGAAUAUGAGGACAUGCCACAUUAUUGCUACCACUGCAAGGCUUUUGGCCAUAGCCCAUUUGAUUGCAAGCACCUACUCGCCAUUCAUAGGAAAAAGUGUCAGGAGAGCAAGUGGGUGAGCUUUGAAACAGCCCCUUUGAUUGCCAUGGCUGCUCUGAAACGGCACUCUGCCCAGCCGGUGGGUGCCAAGGGAAUCACUUCGGGGGAUAGGGAUGAUGCCACUGCCCGGGCCACUGUUGGCCAAUCCUGCUGCCCGAAAGGUUAGCGGGAAGGCUGCCCGGAAUGCUGCCAUAGCUGCAGAUGUAGUGGCUGCCGACCCGAAGUCAAUUCCUACGAAGGCCCAUUGCUCAGAUGCCAGUGAUGAUUUUGUUGUUGUUGAAGGAGAAAAUAACACCGAGAGGAAUGGCUUCAAGUUCACUCCCCCUAUGGCUGCCGUUCCAAGCAGGGGUCGCCGGGAGGGUCGUGGGAGAGGUUGUGGCAGUAGAAGAAGCUUCCCUGAAGAAAACCAGGAGCUGUUCAGAUUGGUUGGAAUGAUGGAAAUGGAGAGCCAUGGUGACCCUUGAUGUAGGGUAGUGUACCUCAAUUUGUACAACCAAAGACAAACAUAGAAACAAAAAUUUGUGUUUCAAUAUUCGUCUUUGGUUUACAACUUUGAGCUACAAGAUGGGUGCCCCUAGGUUUUUGUUUUUUGUGACAACAUAUUGGGCAUCUCUUGCUCAUUUCCUGUGCUUUUGAUUUUUGUGGGCUAUUUGCUUGUUGGU